AUGCGAACAUUUUGUUCAGAAAUACUCUCGCGGGCAAGAUUUGUAAUAAAUCUGAUUUCUGGUCGUUCAGCUCCAGAGCUAUGUCUUGUCGGUCCUCAGGUUGCCCCUAUCGCAGCAAAGCUACCAGAUAUACUUAAUAAAAUCAAUGAGUUUAUUUAUUUCGCUGUUCCUAAGAAAAGACAUUCUAUUGAAAGACGAAGAAUGCGAAAAUUCCUUUCUUUUACAAUGGACAAGUAUAAGUUGAGAAAUGACCUUACCGCCUGUCAGCAUUGCGGUAGUUGGCAUCCCCGACAUUCCAUUUGUGUUAAUUGCUAUGACGAAGUGCGUCGCGAAACAAAUGUUUUACGUGCUAGCCUCAAUUCUCUGAAUGGUGGCCUUUCUACUGACCAGGAGACUCAAUUUCUCUACGACCAGGAAUUUUCUGGAAAAGCUGGAACAUUUUCUCAUCAAAUCGAUAAAAGGAAAAGGCCAUCAUGGUUCCCCGCCUGUCUUCUCGGUCUUCCAUCCACAGAACCUUCAAAAAAGUAG